AUUCGUAUUCAUUUGCCGUGAAAUUGAAUUCCUUCUGUAACCUAAUAAAACUGUACAACUAAUUUCCACAAGGAUUUCGAAGAUAGAAAUGGUGUCUUCGCAUAUCCUCCCUCCGUUAUCUUCCCUCCACUACCCGAAAUUGACUCUCAAUUCCACCAGUUCAUCACACACGCUAGCUUUCAACAAUACCUGUUAUAAACCCAUCAUAAAACCCCCCAAAUUUCUAGGCUUUAGUAACCCUCCAAACCAUAGAACUCACUUUCGCAAGCUAACUUGCCAUGGAAUUAAAGACCCGGCUAAGGAAUUGAAGGUGGGUUUGGAUUUAGACGGUGGAGGUGGCGGUGGUGGUGGAGACGGCGGAGGAGACGGAGGAGAUGAGAAUGAAGAGAAGAAAGGUGGGUUUUUACCAGAUUGGGUGGACUUCACUUCCGAUGAUGCUAAAACGGUUUUCGCCGCGCUUGCAGUUUCUCUUGCGUUUCGAUCGUUUAUAGCAGAGCCCAGAUUCAUUCCUUCAUUAUCUAUGUAUCCCACAUUUGAUGUAGGAGAUAGAAUCGUCGCUGAAAAGGUUAGUUACUAUUUUAGAAAGCCAUGCCCAAAUGAUAUUGUGAUCUUUAAAAGCCCUCCAGUCCUUCAAGAGGUUGGAUAUACGGAUAAUGAUGUGUUCAUUAAACGAGUUGUUGCAAAGGCAGGAGAUUUGGUUGAGGUACACAAUGGGAAGCUAAUAGUAAACGGGGUACCCAGAAAUGAAGACUUCACUCUAGAAGCACCCAAAUAUGAAAUGAAUCAAAUUCGUGUACCCGAGAAUUAUGUUUUUGUGAUGGGUGACAAUCGUAAUAACAGCUAUGAUUCACAUGUGUGGGGACCCCUACCUUCAAAAAACAUAAUCGGGAGAUCGGUAUUGCGGUAUUGGCCGCCAGCAAGGAUAGGCGGCACAAUCCUACCUGGCGGCUGUGCCACUGACAAGCCGGAAAACAUCAUCAGCACAACUAGUUUACAACCACCUCAACAAGAUUCUUCCACUUCUUUAGCAUCUCAAUAGGCAUUUCAUGGUGACUUUUGAUUCUCAACACAACUUUUUCAUCAUUUUUAUUUCCUCCAAAUUCGACUAUUUGUUAAAUGUUAAUAUCAUUUUCCUUCAAUCUGAGUAAAACUUUUAGUGUC